UUCAGUAAGAGUAAUUAACGUUGCAGAGGAUGUCGCACUCCCAACUUGGAGAAGACGCACGUCAAACUGUCUGUCGAAGCGCGCACCACUGGAGAAGACUCCUGCAAAUGCGCGUUCCCGGUCUAGGCGCGUGCUGUGCACCAACCCCAGGCGACUACACUUUCCGAGCCAGACUGACUUAUCAAACGUCAGGAGACGUAAGGCGUAAGACAUCCUCAGUUAUGGCUGUUCUCUCUGCGAGGAGAUCCACAGAGCUCAUUCUUUGGAUUUCGGUGUUUCUCCUGCUCAUCUUCAUUCAGAUGUUAACCUCUCUGGUCUUCUUUUCUGGUGUGUUCAUCCUUUCCAGCGAAGCCCUCAUCAGUCCCUUUCACUUUUGUCUAACACGUCAACACGGUGAACUGUCCUGCAACUACAGCAGACCUGUCAGUGGAACUGAAUCUGAGAUAAAAAUUAACAUCCUUGCACUAGCGGUUAUCCUGGGUUUGUACAUUCCUGUGGUGCUUGUGGCCUUUGCCCUGAUGGCCAUGCUACUAACAGCUUACACCAAAGACACAGCAACACUCAGCUUUAGCCUGACCUGCCAGGCUGCAUCAAUCCUACUGAUGCUGGCUGGCGUUAUAGUUUUCCUGAUACUCUAUCAGUCUUAUCUGAGCUGGGAACACAUGACCAUUUGGUUCUAUGUCUGUGUGGGUGUGCCAUUGGUAGCUGUUCAUCCUAACUGUGGUGACUGCCCAUGCCAGGAAAGAGGCCCAUUGGGAGUAGAAGGGUACAAGUGCAUGAUGAAGGUAUUAUCAAAACACUGUUGUUGUAUUUUUACAAUUCAAAUUACAUUAUAUCAAAUGUCCUUUAUGUUUUCACUACGUAGUGGCCAAAUCUUUGCUUUCAGGCAUUUGCUGCUGAAAACCAAGAGUGUUAUGACAGAUUUUAUGACAAACCUGUUUUCUUGUUUUUUUUCUUUUUGUUUAAUAGACUGGGGCAUACUAUAAUGCGUAUUGUAGUGCUGUAACAGUGUUUUCGAAUUCUACACAAACUGGUUUGUGCAAGUGACGACCGGGUCAAGUGUUUAAAUAAAAAAUAUGGCCUGCUUUCUGUGAUAUGUGCACCUGGUGGAUAGGUGCUCAAGAGAAUAAAUCUAUGUGAAAAAGUA